AAGCUUCUCAGGGAGGCCCUCGCCAGCCUGGACAUGGCAGGAGCUGAGCGGGCAGCCCCAGCCCCUGCCUCCAGUCGUCAGUGUAAUGCAUCCAUAUCUACAAUAUGGCAAAUUUCAUAUCCUCCCUCUGUCCUGCAUUAUUGAUGGGCUGUGCACUUUAAAAAAAUCAAUUAGAUCAGGGCGUGGAGCCGGAGUUAAAAGAACAGAAGCCUUUAAAAGUCUGCUCUUACUGUUUCUGCUGUUUUGAAUAGGAACAGAUAAAGCUUUCCCUCUGCUUUGAGUAAGUCAGGCCCAGGGCUCGGUUGGCCGUGAUUGGCCAGGACUCAGAAAAUGCGGUUACGAUGCAAAUCCAAGCAAAUAUAGCCUGGUGUCUGUGCGCCAUUACUAAGCUAAGGCAGCUGGGCCUGGAGCCGCCCACUUUGGGGUGGCUCCUGUCACCACUGCUGCUUACCUGCCAGAGAACGGGGACUACUGGUGAGAGAGAAGGCAAGGCCCAGGAAGACAGCAGCAUGUCUCUGAGCAGCGCCUUCAGGGCUGUGGGCAAUGACCCCGGGAUCAUCACCUGGAGAAUAGAGAAAAUGGAGCUGGCGCUGGUGCCUGAGAGCCACGGCAGCUUCUACGAGGGGGACUGUUACGUCAUCCUCUCGACCCGGAGAGUGGGCAGUCUCCUCUCCCAGGACAUCCACUUCUGGAUCGGAAAGGACUCCUCCCAGGAUGAGCAGAGCUGCGCAGCCAUCUACACUACGCAGCUGGAUGACUACCUGGGGGGCAGCCCCGUGCAGCACCGGGAGGUCCAGUACCAUGAAUCCGACACCUUCCGUGGCUACUUCAAGCAGGGCAUCAUCUACAAGAAGGGGGGUGUGGCCUCUGGGAUGAAGCACGUGGAGACCAACACUUACGACAUGAAGCGGCUGCUACACGUGAAAGGGAAGAGAAACAUCAGGGCCACCGAGGUGGAAAUGAGCUGGGACAGUUUUAACCGAGGUGACGUCUUCUUGCUGGACCUCGGGAAGGUCAUCAUCCAGUGGAACGGCCCAGAGAGCAACAGUGGGGAGCGCCUGAAGGCUAUGCUUCUGGCAAAGGAUAUUCGGGACAGGGAGCGAGGAGGCCGAGCUGAGAUAGGAGUGAUCGAAGGAGACAAGGAGGCAGCCAGCCCGGAGCUGAUGAAGGUCCUUCAGGAUACCCUUGGCCAACGCUCCGUUAUCAAGCCUGCCGUCCCCGACGAGAUCAUCGAUCAGCAGCAGAAAUCAAACAUCACAUUGUAUCAUGUCUCGGACUCAGCCGGGCAGCUGGCGGCCACCGAGGUAGCAGCGAGGCCUCUGGUGCAGGACUUACUGAACCACGACGACUGCUACAUCCUGGACCAAAGUGGAACCAAGAUCUAUGUGUGGAAAGGAAGAGGAGCCUCGCAGGCUGAGAAACAGACAGCCAUGUCUAAAGCCCUGAACUUCAUCAAGAUGAAGGGCUACCCUAGCAGCACCAACGUGGAGACCGUCAACGACGGUGCCGAGUCAGCCAUGUUCAAGCAGCUGUUCCAGAAGUGGUCGGUGAAGGACCAGACCGUGGGCCUGGGGAAAACGUUUAGCAUCGGUAAAAUCGCUAAGGUUUUCCAGGAUAAAUUUGAUGUGACCCUGCUGCACAGCAAACCAGAGGUAGCAGCCCAGGAAAGAAUGGUCGACGAUGGCCACGGAAAAGUUGAGGUGUGGAGGAUUGAAAACCUGGAGCUGGUCCCCGUGGAGUGCAAGUGGCACGGCUUCUUUUAUGGGGGAGACUGCUAUCUGGUUCUCUACACGUACGAGAUGAAUGGGAAGCCACAUCACAUCUUGUAUAUCUGGCAGGGCCGCCACGCCUCACAGGACGAGCUGGCAGCCUCGGCAUACCAGGCGGUGGAGGUGGAUCGGCAGUUUGACGGGGCGCCUGUACAGGUUCGGGUUACCAUGGGGAAGGAGCCACGUCACUUCAUGGCCAUCUUCAAAGGAAAGCUGGUUAUCUUUGAGGGCGGGACUUCCAGGAAGGGAAGUGCCGAGCCUGAUCCUCCAGCGAGGCUCUUCCAGAUUCACGGAUAUGACAAAUCUAACACCAAAGCGGUGGAGGUUCCAGCCUUCACCUCCUCCCUAAACUCCAGCGAUGUCUUUCUGCUGCGGACCCAGACAGAGCACUACCUGUGGUACGGCAAGGGGUCUGGCGGGGAUGAGCGGGCAGCGGCUAAGGCGCUGGCCGGGUUUCUCUGUGAUGGCACCGAGAGCACGGUGGCUGAGGGCCAGGAGCCGGCUGAGUUCUGGGACCUGCUGGGAGGGAAAACUCCCUACGCCAAUGACAAAAGACUGCAGCAGGAAAUCCUAGAUGUCCAGCCCCGUCUCUUUGAAUGUUCCAAUAAGACUGGCCGGUUCAUUGUCACUGAGAUCACAGACUUCACCCAGGACGACCUUAACCCAGGUGAUGUAAUGCUCCUGGAUACGUGGGACCAGGUGUUCUUGUGGAUUGGGGCUGAGGCCAACGCCACAGAGAAGGAGCGAGCGCUUGCUACAGCCCAGGAGUACCUGCUCACUCACCCCGGCGGCCGAGAUGCUGGCACGCCAAUCCUCAUCGUUAAACAGGGCUUCGAGCCUCCCACCUUCACAGGCUGGUUCUUGGCCUGGGACUCUCACAUUUGGAGCGCAGGGAAAUCAUACGAACAGUUAAAAGAAGAGCUGGGAGACACUGCUGCUAUCAUAAGAAUCACUGCUGGCAUGAAGGACACAACCCUCUCCCUGAAUUCUGAGCCAAAAUAUUACCCCAUAGAAGUUCUGCUGAAAAAUCAGAAUCAGGAGCUGCCUGAGGAUGUGAACCCUGCCCAAAAGGAGAAUUACCUCUCUGAACAGGACUUUGUUUCUGUGUUUGGCAUCACAAGAGGGCAAUUUGCUGCUCUGCCUGGCUGGAAGCAGCUCCAGAUGAAGAAAGAAAAGGGGCUUUUCUGAGGCAAGAAGGCAUCUGCCUAUUACAAGAUCACAGAAGACAGCAGAUAGUGCCAGUAUCAGGAAAGAAUUUAUCUACUAAUUUUUCCCUAACAUCCAGCUGCUUAAUGUAGAUGUAGUAGGGUCUGCAAAUCACAGCAUGGUCUCCAUUUCUCUCAUUCCUGCAAUCCUUAGUUGUUAUAUGCCUAGAAUGUUAACACUGACUUUGUGGUUUUUGUGGCCUUCUGGCUCAAGCCUCAGCAGAAAGCACUAAAACUGCAUGAAUCUGGAGAAGUCAAAAGUAAGAGAACAAAAAAACUAAGUUUUAAGUGUUUAAUAUUGGGGCAAGAACCUAAGUUUGCUUUAACUUUUAAGAUCGAUAUAUUGCCUAUUUAACCCACAAAUCACUGAAGUUAUUCACACAUAUACCCAAAGUCAAAAUCUAAAUGCUCAGAUCUAAAUGUGCGAGAGAUUUUUAAAUUUUCAAAUAAAAAUGCCUGUAUUAGCAAAUGGAAGUCCUUUCAGUAUUCUGGGUCUGCCUGUUAUGGUAACUAUUUUGUUAUGUUGGGAGAAAUGUCUCAAACAGGGAAGCAAAGAGGCACUGCUGAAUGAGCUCUCUGGAUAACUGGAAUUCCUGUUUCUGGCACAAGAAUGCUGAAAUCUGCCUUACAGCUGUCCAGGAAACCUCAGAACCCACCCAUCCACACCCCACUAUCCAGAAGAGAAACAGGGCUAUGUGUUAUUAAUUUCAGUAAUGAGGCCAGAACCAGUGUGUGUACCACUACAGAGAGCCUUCAAAGCACGCUACAGACAUCAACACAUGAACCACAUUUUCCAGGCAACUCCAAGUUUAAGUCAACAAUUCCAAAGGAAUCCAUGUGGCACAAGUAAUGUAACCAGGGAAGCUCCAGGAUGGAAGCACAGCCGAAAGCAUCACAAAGCAAAGCCGAAGAAGAGAGUUCUAUGUCACAGGAGGA